AUGAGUGCCACCAUUCUCUUGGCCUCUGCGGUGUUCUCGUCGCUGCGAGCGUACGCGCUAUGCCGACGCAAACCCAUGUCUGUCUUAAUUUUAGUGCUAGGGUCUGCGAACGCCAUUCCCUCGGUUUUUGCAGCGAUCAGGAAUAGGGCCACCUACGACCCAGGACCCAACAACACCGACUUCACCUGCAAUGUGGAUUUCUCGCAAUUUCUGUCCCUCCGCAAGGGUCCGUCAUCGCUUUUUCCCUCGAGGUUUACCGUUACGACGGCGCUUUUUCAGAACGGUGUUGCAUACUUCGCUGUACUCGUUAUUGCCAACGUCAUUAAUCUUGCUCUCGUCAACAACAUCGAGUUCUUGUUCGAUCUCAUCUGUGCGAUCAGCGGCACGACGGUGGUCUUGACCUGCCGCUUCAUCCUCGACUUAUUCGAAGCGAGCGCGGGCAUGCCCGUCGACUCUGUCCCCACAAUACGCCUCACGGCCGUGUCUACUAGGAGGCCGUCACGCUCGCUCGCGUCCCGACACGCCGGCGGUCUCGGGGGGACUCGCUCUUCCCGAGGGAUUUUCGGCGCGGAUGUAAGCUGGCGCGGGACGGAGGACAGCGAGAGUGUCUACUACAGUACUACGGACGAAUACUCGGUCUCUCCAACGCCCGUCGCCGGUAUGGACAGUGCAGCCGCCCUCAGAUUUCUUCAGAGCGAAUGGGCGGUGGUCGGAGCCAUCGUCGUCACCUCGUACGACUACCUGCUCAUAUUUGAUCGCGAGGUUCAGUAUGUCUGGAGGAAGAAGUUCACAAGUGCAGGCGCGAUCUAUAUCGCCAUACGUUACUCCUGUUUAGCCUCCAACAUCCUCGUCUUCCUCACUUCUUCCCUUUCCCGGGCAAAUCAACACCAAAGUACGCACAACCCGGCUGCGCCUGUUUGCGCCUCACUGCGCGCCGUCAUGCUCAUAGCCGCCGCUGUGUUCUCGUCAUUGCGGUCGUACGCGUUAUACCAACGCAAACCCGUGGCCUUCCUCGUUUUAGUGCUAGGGUUUGCGAACUCCGUUCCCUCCAUUUAUGCAGCGAUCAGGGAUACAUCAAUUUACGACCCAAGCGGCGGCAACGUCAUGUGUGUCGUGGAUUUCUCGCAAUUUCUCUCCUUCCGCAAAGGGAAACCGGCGUUCAGCCUUACGACGGCUUUCUUUGAUAAUGGUGUUGCAUACUUCGCUGCACUCCUCUUUUGCAACGUCAUGAACCUUGUUUUCGUCAACAACGCCGAGCUCUUGUAUGAUCUCAUCGGUGGGAUGAGCGCGUGCGUUUCCAGCUAUCCCUCUCCGUCACCUCUGCUGACGACCUCCCGGUGCAGCAUGACGGUGCUCUUGACCACCCGCUUCAUCCUCAACCUAUUUGAAGCGAGCGAUCCCACCAUAUACACCACAACUGUGAACAGCUUAUCGCCGUCACGCGCCGUCGCGUUCCGCCCCGGCGACAACGAAAGCGUCUGCAGCAACAAGGAAGGCUACGGCUACGAGCUCCAGGUGAACCCGGGUCGGAGGGAGUAA